AUGCCUUCUCUUGAGGGAAUUGAAGUUGCGAUCGUCACUCAGCCCGAACUGGCCAAGCUCCCUGAGUUUCCUCUCUCGGAUUUUUCCUCUCGCAGCGUUUUGCCCCCUGCCGAUCAACUGUCUUGCUUAAGUCUCGCUGCCUCGAGCCGACUUGGUUCAUUGCCAUGCCAACUUCGGAAGACCAGUCCUCGGAUUUCUGUCUACGUCCCCUCAGACCCAGGUUCACGAUUUGGAUUCCACUAUGCAUUCAACGAAACGUCACAACUGCCACGCUACUUGUAUUUCAAAAUUUUCAUGAAUGGCAGAAACAUCACAAACUGUGGCGUGAGGGUUCUCAAUGGAGCUUCAGGUUCCAUCACACGCUCCCUCUGUGAGCCAAGCGAGCGCUGGAAAUACAAGGAAGAUGGCGUGUUACGCAUCAGGGACGGGAUAGAGGCACGUUGCUUCUCCUUUCUUCCACACGCCCAUCAAUCGGUUGCAGAAGAUGGCGGCUUGAUAGAGGUCCAAGUCUUUCGUGCCAGGGGCCGGAUUCGAAGAUUGCCCAUACUAGAAGGCCACCGCGGUCAGGAGUCAUAUGGUAUUGGGUCGCCCUCUGGUGGUCUCCUCGAUUCACCAGAUGAAGCCUGUUUCUACGAUUGGAUCCUAAUCGACUCAAAAGAGUCACCUUUCGUCUCUUUCCGUUUUCUCUAUCGAUCGCUACUAAAUCUGCGCCAACUGAGCCUCGCACCGCAUCCUGAGUUGGAGGAAAGUUCAGUCGAUAUGGAAGAGGACAUGGCUGAGCACGCGAGCGAAGGGGUUUGUUCUAUCAAGCCACUUAGUACUGGUAAUAUCUGUACAGAGAGUCCAAGAAGCUCCGUAUUGGAUGAUGUUCUGUCAGCCCAGGGGGAGGACCGUUCGUCAACACGCCCCAGACGGUUGACCGAAGCAGCCCCUAUGAUUGCAUCACAGAAAGCCUUAGCUCGUCCUCUCCCCGAGGUUCCGAUCAAGAAGCCUGUAGACCAUAGGGACAUUGAAAAGCAGGUCGAGGCCCAUGAAUACACUUCUCUAUCGGAUAUUCAAGAGGAGAUAGAGAAUACUGAUACCAGCAUAGCCAGUACUACCAGCUUCCUAGGCAUAUCCGAUUCCCCUCGCAGUGUCAAAGCGAGAGUCCUCGAAUUGAACGAUUGCGGUAUAAUUCCGCUUCAGUCAGCUCUCAAGAGAGACACCAGCUCGACCAUCCUCGAAUCACUUGUGAACUACUCAGAACAACCUGCCCCGGGACAAGCCCGUGCGCUGUCGACAUCGACAUCGACAGGGAAGAUGGGAUACCUAGAGACAGGUGAGCCUGAGCAAACAUCGGAAAUGAAAUCGAUUGUUGCGGAAACAGAACACUCAUUCAGGACUGGUUGGAGGCUGAGUGAGAGCGAGUGGAUCAAGGGGGAGGUUUGA